AUGGUGAAGAUAGAAGUUCACGUCAUUUCAAGGGAAAUCAUCAAGCCAUCUUCACCAACAAUUCACAAUCUACAGCCCUACAAACUCUGCCUUCUUGACCAGCUCACUCCCACAUCUUAUGCUCCCAUGAUGCUUUUCUACCCCAAGAGUAAUGAAGCAAAUAUGGAUGACACCCAAUUCCUGAAACACCUCAAAAGGUCACUCUCUGAUACAGUACUGAAUGUUCUCUACCCAUUUUCUGGUAGGGUAAAAACCAAUAUGUUCGUUGAUCGUUUUGAUGAAGGUGUUUCAUUUAUGGAAGCCCGGGUUAAUUGUAGUCUGUCCGAAUUUUUUGAAGACCCGCAAAUUGAAUCUUUAAAUCAGUUCCUUCCAUGCCCACCUCUCGCCAAAGAAUCACAAGAUGACGUGACCCUGUUGAUUUUUCAGCUGAGCGUAUUUUCUUGUGGUGGAUUAGCACUUGAUGGGUGCAUGUCACACAAGCUUGGUGAUGGAGGAACUGCUUCCACCCUCUUCAGUGCAUAG